GGAGGCAGGAGGAGGGACGCGGGGCCGGACUCCUCAAACGCCGGUAGUGAUUGAAACGUGGACGCGCCUUCAAAGUGUAGUCUGCAGACUUUGCAUUGUUGCAGCCCUUCUCGCUGGUUCGCCGGGAGGUUUUUUUUUUCUCUUCUGGGACUCGGUAGACGGCUGGAGAAAAAUGUCUAAUGUCAACUGGAAGCCCUUUGUUUUCGGCGGGCUAGCUUCCGUGACGGCGGAAUGCGGGACCUUCCCGAUCGACCUCACCAAGACGCGUCUUCAAGUCCAAGGCCAGGUGGGCGACAGCAAAUACCGAGAGAUCCGCUACAGAGGCAUGCUCCAUGCUAUAGUCCGGAUUGGAAGAGAGGAGGGGCCCCGGGCACUGUAUUCAGGAAUAGCUCCUGCCAUGCUGCGCCAGGCUUCCUAUGGGACCAUAAAAAUUGGCACAUACCAGAGUUUUAAGCGAAUGCUGGUUGACAGACCAGAGGACGAGACAUUGCUGACUAAUGUGGUGUGUGGUGUUCUCUCUGGUGUCAUCUCUUCCUCCAUCGCCAACCCCACUGAUGUGCUGAAGAUCCGCAUGCAGGCUCAGGGAAAUGUGAUCCAGGGCAGUAUGAUGGGUAACUUCAUCAACAUAUACCAAGAGGAGGGGACAAGAGGCCUGUGGAAGGGUGUCUCCCUAACAGCUCAGCGGGCAGCCAUCGUGGUCGGGGUAGAGCUACCGGUCUAUGACAUCACCAAAAAGCAUCUGAUCCUGUCGGGUUACAUGGGGGACACCGUGUACACACACUUCUUGUCCAGCUUUGUGUGCGGUCUGGCCGGGGCUUUGGCCUCGAACCCUGUUGACGUAGUCCGGACACGUAUGAUGAACCAGAGAGGAGGAGCUCUGUACCAGGGAACACUGGACUGUUUACUGCAGACGUGGCGUUCCGAGGGAUUCAUGGCCCUCUACAAGGGUUUCUUUCCCAACUGGCUGCGCCUGGGACCGUGGAACAUCAUUUUCUUCCUCACUUACGAACAGCUGAAGAAUAUCAAUGUGUGAUUGGCAGAGCGAUAGAGUGAAGAAGCAACAAGUAUGAGCACACGCUCCGAGACGAGCUGAGAGGACCAAAAUCGGGAAUGGCUGGAUGGGAAUGGUUCCCUUAUGGAACCACUGACAGCAGGUUUCAUGUAGACCCAUGUCAGGGGCGAUAUGAGAUUUUGUCUGAUUCCUGUUUGGACUAUGUCUCCUGAAGCCUGUGGCAAGUGUGGAAGGGACUGUGACACAAACAAGCACUCAUAUCUGAUGUUUUAUGUCAUCCAAAUGCUACUUUAGGCUUAACAGCUCAUUUAAAUUGGAUAUAUAUUGGCGCCUCAGAUCCAUGUCACCUAAUUUAUUGACCGAGAUAUUGGAACGAAUUGUAGGAAGCAGUCCCAGACACUUGUUUGUUGUUGUUAUUUCAGUCAUAAGCUGUUUUUAAAAAUGACUCUAAUGUCACGAGGAGAACAGACAAGGGUAUUCAGUCUAAUACACUUUGGUCUCCAAAUUGAGUGCCUUAGUUUGUGAUACAGGCUGUCUACGCCUGAGCUGCAGAAAGACUGAGAAUGUCGGAUAGCAACUGACAAUCGCAGUCAUCGUUCCCUUUUGAAAAGCCAAAAUGUCUGUGUGCAUGAGUCAACAAACUUGGACAA